UGUGUGUGUGUGUGUGUAGGCUCGUACAGUGCCAGUCAGGGUGUGGAGUGCAUCCGUCAGCAUGUAGCUGAGUUCAUCACAGAGAGAGACCAGGGCGUCCCCUCAGACUGGAACAACAUCUACCUCACCACAGGGGCCAGUGACGGCAUCAUGAGCAUCCUGAAGCUGCUGGUGUCGGGGGAGGGCAGUGGCAGGACGGGGGUGCUGAUCCCCAUUCCUCAGUACCCGCUGUACUCCGCUGCCCUCUCAGAGCUGGACGCCGUGCACAUCCACUACUACCUGGACGAGGACAGCUGCUGGGCCCUGGACAUAGAGGAGCUGCAGAGAGCGUAUCUGAGCGCCAAGCAGCUCUGUACCCCCCGGGCACUCUGCAUCAUCAACCCCGGGAAUCCCACCGGCCAGGUGCAGAGUAAAAAGUGUAUCGAGGAGGUGCUGCACUUCGCCUAUGAGGAGAACCUGUUCGUCAUGGCUGAUGAGGUGUACCAGGACAACGUGUACUCAGCAGACUGUCACUUCCACUCCUUCAAGAAGGUCCUGUAUGAGAUGGGCCCUGAGUACUUCAACAACGUGGAGCUGGUGUCCUUCCACUCCACCUCCAAGGGCUACACCGGAGAGUGUGGUUUCCGCGGAGGCUACAUGGAGGUGCUGAACAUGGACCCCCAGGUGAAGGAGCAGCUGGUCAAACUGCUGUCUGUACGCCUCUGCCCCCCCGUCCCGGGACAGGCAGCCAUGGACGUCAUCGUAAACCCCCCCAGAGAGCACGAGCCCUCGUACGCUCAGUUCAUCAAGGAGAAGAGCUGGGUCCUGGACGUCCUGGCUCAGAAGGCCCGGCUGACGGAGCAGAUCCUGAACUCUGUUCCUGGGAUUAAAUGCAACCCGGUCCAAGGAGCCAUGUACGCCUUCCCUCGGAUAUUCAUUCCCCCCCGGGCCAUUCAGGAAGCCAAGGCCCGCUCCAUGGCUCCUGACAUGCUGUACUGUCUGAAGCUGCUGGAGGAGACAGGGAUCUGCGUGAUUCCAGGAAGUGGCUUCGGCCAGAGGGAGGGGACGUAUCACUUCAGAAUGACCAUCCUGCCGAGCCCAGAGAAGCUCACGGUCCUCCUCGGGAAGCUGAAGGAGUUCCACCUGCGGUUCCUGGAGGAGUAUUCCCAGGAGGGGGCUCAGAGCAGCAGCCUUCACAGAGAGGAGGGGGCUCACUGAGGCUCAGACUGAGAGUGUCACCUUAUUAUUGCUUUGGGUUUGAACUUGUGUUCCAGAAAUACUGUGCCUUCUCCUCAUUGCCACAUGAUCCUCUACCAGAUAAAGACAACACAGAACAGUGACUGAUCUCCCAGAGUGCAUCAUGCUCUCAGUCCAUCCACACUCAUCUAAUGAUGCUGAGCCGAGCACUUCAAACAUCAGGUUAUGAAAUGCUAUGCGAAUGAGGAGUUGUAUGCCUCUAUUAAAGUGCAGCUUCAACGUUUUUCAAAAGUAAUUGAUUGUUUUUUUGUUUGUUUUGGUAUUGUGCUAUAAUAUUAAAGGCUUUUUUUACUCUAA